AUGGCUGUACGACACACUCGCCGACGAUCUAUGGAAACAAUGGAUAGACACGGAGUCGGCGAAGAAGGCCUUCAAAAAGGGCGGAUAUUUUUCAAAGAAAUUUAGCGAUACAUUGAAAGUGGUUGUAAUGAACAACAAUAUCUGUCAAAAUGAAAACUAUUACAUCGCUUACGAUCCCAUCGAUCCGGACGGACAGCUCCAGUGGCUCAUCGAUGAGCUCAACAGUGCUGAAACUGAUGGCUCGUAUGUUAUGCUAUUAGGACACGUCCCUCCGGCUGAUUGUUAUACUGCGUGGAGUAAUAACUACUUCCGGAUUAUGGAAAGGUAUCAACACCUGAUUGUGAGCUCAUAUUUCGGUCACACACACAAUGACGAGAUCGUUGUCUUGUAUAACAAAAACCAUGAAACCAAUGGCACGUAUGCCGUCUCUCACGGCUAUAUCGGCGCCAGUCUUACCGCAUAUAACCUCCUGAAUCCCGGUUACAGAAUAUUCACAUUAGAUAGUAAUGGAAAACCUUUAGAUUGGGAUAUAUUUUAUACUAAUAUAACUGACGAUAACAUUAAAGGCAAAGGAGUGCAACCGAAAUGGCAAUCAGACACGUCUGCGAAACAGAUCUAUGGUAUGGACUCUCUGUCCACUGAAUCGUGGGAUAAGUUUAUGACGAGAGCCGAAAAGGAUGACCGACUCGUCGAGCUUUAUAUCAAUCAUUACCACCGAUUCAAGUAUGUGAACAACUGUAGGGCGGACGCCUCGUAUAACUUUUCUAAA